ACCAUUCACAAAUUUGAUAGCUCCACCGCACAGGAUAUUUUAUAGUAAAGUCACAUAGAGUUUUACAAUUUUCUAGAAGAACACUAGUGAAUUUCUUCACCCCUCAUAAUUUGGAAGUUUUCAGCUUUUUAAAAUAUGAUAUCUUUACACAUCGCACCAAGAAAAAAUAUAUAAAAUUGAGAAAAAGAAUCUUUCAUUAAUUCCAUAUUUUCCCUUAUAGCUGUUUUUUCAUUCAUCCAUUGUAGAAUUUUUUUUUUUUUUUUUUAAUUUGUUACACAUUUACUAAGGUCUCUGAUCCAUUCAUCCAAGUAAAGAUUGUGGUAAUUGAAUAGGAAGUUCACUCAUUUGUGGAGAAAAUGUUGAAUUUGGGAUUGUUUUCAAGUGAGAAUACAAUCAAAUCAGUGAGUGUUAGUUUCAGAAUACCAUAUUAUACUCAAUGGGGUCAGAAUCUUCUUGUUUGUGGGUCAAUACCAUUGCUUGGUUCAUGGAAUGUGAGAAGGGGUCUAUUAUUGAGCCCUGUGCAUGAAAGUAGUGAACUCACAUGGCAUGGGAGCAUUGAAGUUCCAAGUGGGUUUGAAUGUGAAUACAGUUACUAUGUGGUGGAUGAAGAUAAGAAUAUCUUGAGGGAAGAAAUGGGGAAAAAGAGGAAGCUUUUAUUGUCUGGUUGUAUUCAAGAUGGAGAAAUUGUGGAAUUUCAUGAUCUCUGGCAGACGGGUUCAGAUGCUCUACCUUUCACAAGUGCAUUCAAAAAUGUCAUUUUUCGUAAGAGUUCAAGCUUGCCAAUUGAGAGACCCCUUGGUGUCCUGCAGAAUAAAUUAGGUCUUGAAGAUUCAGUUCUAGUACAUUUCCAAAUUUGCUGUCCUAACAUAGAUGACGGGACAUCAGUUUGUGUGAUAGGUAGUCCUCAAAAGCUGGGCCAGUGGAAGGCUGAAAGUGGUCUUAAGCUCAGUUAUGCUGGGGACUCGAUUUGGCAGGCGGACUGUGUGAUGGGAAAAGAAGAUUUUCCUAUAAAAUACAGAUAUGGGAAAGUCGAUAAGUCCGGAAAAUUUUCUGUUGAGAUAGGGGCAAACCGAGAGAUUUCAGUGGAAACACUGAGUAGGCAAGCUAGAUACAUCUUUCUCUCAGAUGGGAUGAUGAGAGAAAUGCCAUGGCGGGGUGCUGGCAUGGCAAUCCCUAUGUUCUCAGUUCGAUCAGAAGAGGAUGUUGGAGUCGGGGAGUUUCUUGACCUUAAGUUGCUUGUUGACUGGGCUAUUUCUUCAGGCUUUCAUCUUGUUCAACUUUUACCAAUCAAUGACACCUCAGUACAUGGAAUGUGGUGGGAUUCAUAUCCCUACAGCUCUCUGUCUGUAUUUGCAUUGCAUCCCUUGUAUCUGAGAAUUCAAGCACUUUCUGAUAGUAUUCCCAAUGAAAUUAAGCAAGAGAUUCUGAAAGCAAAAGAACGACUUGAUUUGAAGGAUGUUGAUUAUGAAGCCACUAUGGCCACCAAGCUUUCCAUUGCCAAGAAAAUUUUCUCCCUAGAAAAGGACCAGAUACUCAAGUCUAGUUCUUUCCAGAAGUUCUUCUCUGAAAACGAGGAGUGGCUGAAACCUUAUGCUGCCUUCUGUUUUCUACGGGAUUUCUUCGAAACCUCAGAUCAUAGUCAGUGGGGUCGCUUUUCGCAGUUUUCAAACGAGAAGCUUGAGAAACUUAUCUCCGAAGACAGUCCCCAAUACGACAUCAUUUGUUUUCACUAUUACAUUCAAUACCAUUUGCAUAUACAACUAUCGGAGGCUGCUGAAUAUGCAAGGAGAAAAGGAGUAGUGCUAAAAGGAGACCUCCCGAUUGGUGUAGACAGGAAUAGUGUUGAUACAUGGGUCUAUCCGAGCUUGUUUAGGAUGAACACAUCAACUGGAGCACCACCGGAUUACUUUGAUAAAAAUGGGCAAAAUUGGGGUUUUCCAACUUACAAUUGGGAGGAAAUGUCGAAAGACAACUAUGGAUGGUGGCGUGCUCGUUUAACUCAGAUGGCGAAGUACUUUACUGCUUAUAGAAUAGAUCAUAUAUUGGGGUUCUUUAGAAUUUGGGAACUCCCGGAUCAUGCUAUGACUGGUCUAGUUGGAAAAUUCAGACCAUCAAUUCCUUUAAGCCAGGAAGAGCUUGAAAAAGAGGGAAUCAAAGAUUUUGACCGGUUGAGUCGUCCAUUCAUUCGACAAGAGUUUUUGCAGGAAAAAUUUGGUUCUUCUUGGACGGUUAUCGCAGCUCUUUUUCUGCAUGAGCAUCAGAAAGGCCAUUAUGAGUUUAGGGAAGAUUGCAACACUGAGAAGAAGAUAGCUUCCAAGCUCAAGGAAUGCACAGAAAAAUCGUUGUUGUUGGGAAGUGAAGCAGCCCUCAGGCUCAAUCUGUUUGAUCUUCUACGGAAUAUAGUUCUGAUCAGAGAUCCGGAAGAUGCUAGCAAAUUUUAUCCUCGUUUCAAUCUUGAGGAUACUACAAGUUUCAGAGAUCUUGAUGAUCACAGUAAAAAUGUUCUGAGAAGAUUGUAUUAUGAUUAUUAUUUCCACCGGCAAGAAAAUCUUUGGCGCCAAAACGCUUUGAAGACACUGCCAGUCCUCUUGAACUCAUCAGAUAUGCUGGCAUGUGGUGAGGAUUUAGGGUUAAUUCCUUCUUGUGUUCAUCCUGUUAUGCAAGAGCUUGGAUUAAUAGGCUUACGGAUUCAACGUAUGCCAAAUGAGCCUGGUUUGGAGUUUGGUAUUCCUUCUCAAUAUGGCUAUAUGACUGUAUGUGCUCCGUCAUGCCAUGACUGCUCUACUAUGCGUGCUUGGUGGGAAGAAGAUGAAGAGAGAAGACGCCAUUUUUUCAAGACCGUUGUGGGAUCAAAUAAGCUUCCACCCAGUAAAUGUGUACCAGAGAUCGCUUAUUUUAUCAUACGUCAGCAUGUCGAAGCCCCUUCUAUGUGGGCUAUUUUCCCUCUCCAGGACUUGUUGGCCUUGAAGAAUGAGUACACAACACGCCCUGCAAAUGAAGAGACAAUCAAUGAUCCCACAAAUCCGAAACAUUACUGGAGAUUCCGUUCCCAUGUUACGUUAGAGACACUAUUGAAGGACGAGGAACUGAAGAUCGCUAUCAAAGAUCUCGUAUGUGGCAGUGGAAGAUCAUAUCCUCGCGAUGAAGAAAUUCUAAAAGCUUCAAAUCAAGGGAGUUAGGCGCCUGCGCUAGCAUCGGAAAAAAUCCAGAAUGGUGUGGCAGUGGCAGUUUCAUAAAAGUAUUUUCGAUAGGAGCAAGUGGAAGUAGGUGCUUCUAAAGAGUCAUUGCUGUCUCACUAGCAAGCUAGUUACUCAAAGCUUGGCAGCAUGAAAUAAUACAAAGCCAAGAAAAGUGAUGAUAAUAAAAGGAAAAUAGAACAUUAUUACUUUUGACACUGUUGUAUUUUUUUUUGGAUAAGAAGACACUGCUUUUCAUUUCAUUUAAAAUAAUCGAUUGAAUGAAAGAAGAACCUUUCAUUUAUAUCAUACAACAUUCAAAAUCAA